AUGCAGGGCCACUAUUCUUACCCCGGAGCCACCCCUUACGUCCACCGUCUGGCCUAUGAAGAUGGCGUCCGCAACCACACCUAUCAACCACGCCCCGAAGACCACCCCGCUCUUCGAUCAGACCUAGAAAGCAGAACUGGCUCACUAUCCAGCCAGGAGACCGUGACCAUUGAACCCAAGCGCGGGCCCGUAGCUCGGUACUUCCUGGCUGAGAUCAACCCUCGCCGGACCUACCUACUCUUGAUCAUCUGCAGCUUUAUAGCCGGUCUGGUGGAUGCACUGUCCUACAACGCCUGGAGUACAUUCACUGGCAUGCAGACAGGAAAUACCGUCUUCAUGGCCCUAGGCGCCUCAAACCAACCCUCCUACCCAGACUACCUCUGGGCUAAAGCCCUCAUUGCCUUCAGCGUCUACCUCACUAGCAACUUCUUUUUCACAUACGUCGCCCGCGCCCUCACUCCACUCCGCCGGACAACCAUGCUCCUCGUUUUUGGUCUUCAAACCCUAGCCCUGCUCAUCGCCGCCCUCCUCGUCGAACUGGAGGUCAUUCUCCCCAGGCCCGAAGAAUACACUGCGCCAAUCCAAUGGACGCAAAUAUUCGCCAUCGCUCUCCUCGCCUUCUCGCAAGCAGGGCAGAUUAGCGCCUCUCGUAUUCUGGGCUAUAACGAGGUCCCCACACUUUCUGUGACUACAAUUCUCGCUGAUAUGCUUGCCGACCCGCACUUGUUUGAGUUGCACAACCCCAAGCGAAACCGCAGGCUUGCGGGGUUUAUUGCUUCUUUUGUGGGAGCUAUGACUUCGGGUUUUUUGUCUAGGGAGACGGAGAUGGUGGCUUGCUUGUGGCUUGCUAUGGCAUUGAAGGUUGUUGUUACACUUUGCUUCUUUGUCUGGAGAGAUGACCGCGAGACCGAAAAGAAGGACCUGGAGGGUCAGUGA